GAUACACCACAAUGCUGCUUUUUUCAGCAUUUAGCAAAAACAAAACUUGAGAACCAGAUUCUGUAUUGUAAAAGAGAGAGAGAGAGAUAGAUCACUUCCAGUGAAUGUUAGUUAGUUCAUUGUAUGCUAUGCUCUAUGGUGUGUAAUAAUGGGAUUGGAAUAUCAGUCAGAGGAUGAAGGAGAUGAUUUCAUUUCUCCAUUUGGUUCAAGAAUGGCGAGUAGACCAGUGUCUAUACUGGAGCUGGUAACACUAAGGGAAUAUGCUCCUUUGGAUUCCCUUUUUCGGCUGCUUCCUAAGAAGGCUCAACGGGUACUCGCCCUCAGUCAAUCCAAUAUCGAUGUGGAAUUUACAUGUGUUGAUGCGAGCAGUGAAUUCAUUGUGUUGGGAUCCAAUAUCUCUAUAGUGUAUGUGUUUGACAGGCAGGAGCAGCAACUAGCAAAGCUGAGAUGUGAGGAUAAAUACUCUCAUGUGACUAGUGUAAAGCUUUUGACAUGCUUGGAUCAUCAGUUGGCUGUAGGUACUUCUAAUGGACAUGUUGAGAUAUUUCUUCUUCCAUCAAGAUCUCAUGGGCAUUCUGUACAGGCCAAGAAGUUUGUAGUAGAGAACUUACAUGAAACCAAGCCCGUAACAUGUAUUGAAUGGAGUAGUAAUGGUAUGAAAUUAUUCACUGGAGACAAUCAGGGUAGAGUCAUACAGACAACACUAGACUUCUAUGAGAAUCAAUGCCAAGCGUCAUGUGUGGUAACAGAAGAGGAAGCAGUGGUACAGCUUAGCUAUGCUCACAAAAAACUUCUUGUUUCAACAACAGCACGAACUAUUAUCUGUACACCAGAGGAAGAUAAUAAGAUAAUACAGGUUGGACAGAAACCUAGGAAGUCUACUGGAAGCUAUGGUGCUCACUUUGUUCCAGGCCUGUGCAAACCCAGUGAUGCUACCACCUAUGUCGCUAGACCUGGCUGGAGACUUUGGCACACCAAUACUGAAGGUACUGUCCUGGAAACCAUCAUGUUCAAAGACCUCAUCAGCAAGGAGCAUCCAUUGAUUCAACUGCUUCCAGAUACCCCACCAGAAAUAAUCCCACCACCUACUGAUCUUCAGCUUGGCCACCUCCUUCCAUUCAGUGAUGGCCUUCUGGUGAGCUGGUCUCUCUCAGCUAUUGUUAUCCUACAGCCCUUUGGACCAGAGGGUGCCCUGGUUGUUGGGAGUAAUUUUGGUGAGCUUGGAAACUUGGUGUCGGUUGCUGUGACCAGACAUGAAAUCUUUGCCUUGAGGAAGGGAUGUGAGCGAUGCCUGGUCCGCAUUGCUACUGCUCCUGAAAUGACUCUAACCAGAGAACCAUCUAAAUCAGAAAAGGACUUUGGCAGAAUCCAAAUCACCAAGCUGACAGUUACUGGUAACUCUUCUCAGAUGACCUUGAUUCCUAGUGCCACAGUGUCCUCAGAUAGGAUGACUUCUACUAAAUUAAAGAACAAAUUUAGUUCCAUGCGAGGUUUUCUCAGUAAAGCAGCAGAUGACCUGGCCGACAAAGCUGCUGAAACCAAGAAUAAAAUGGAGAGGAAUAUUGAGCGUUCCUUUAAGUUGAAUCUUCCCAUCCCUGAGAAGUCUGAAGACACUGUUAGCAUUAAGAGUGAUAGAUCAUCCAUCAAUGAAGGAGAGCAGCAGAGCUCUGAUCCUGGGACUCCUGAAGCCAUGCUGUCAGAACGAUUGAUGGUCUCUGUCAUAAACUCAAGCAACAUGAGUGGUGAGCGAUCGCCAACAGGGCUAACAUCUCCUACCGCUCCAUUCAGAAGUCCUGCCAACUCCUUCAGUGGACAUGAAGUUGGAGUUAGGAGUAGAUCAAACUCUCAUGUGAAAGAAGAAAGUGCUAAUGGUGUCAGCCAGACUGAAGCGGAUGAACCUAGCAAGGAAGACACAACGUCAGCAGAGGAUGAGAAUUUAGCAGUUACCAAAGAUGAUCCUAAAGGAUCCUUUAACAGUGCUAUUGAAGUAACUGCUCUGAAAGGGAGCAAGCACAUUGCUGCUGAUAGGGUUUCUAUUGUAAUCACUGAGGACCCUGAAGAGGACCAAUCAGCAAAGGUCAUUAAGAAUCUAAGCAAGAGAAUAUCUUAUGCAUCAAAGACUACCCAAGACACUUUUGAGAACAUUGACGGUGGUUAUUCGGAUAGCAUUGUGUUCCAAUCAAAGCCAAAAACAAAGAAGAAGAAGAAGACAGUUAAAGGUAGUAAAAGUUCUGCAUCUGUUGUUGAGGUGGACCAAAUAUCUUCUCCAGGUAAAGUUCUUGAUGGAGAUCCACCAACUCCUAGUCCCAGUCCUCGUGUGACACCCAAGUUAGGAUCUAUUCAGGAAGGAGAGGAAAGAGAAGUAUCUUCAAGAUCAGGGGUUGAUCCAGAGGCAGUUGCAGAAAGAUUAAGAGCAUUUUCUGUAGAUGUGGUAGAUUCAUCUGGAGGGAAUGGUGUAGUGGAAGGUACUGGCAAGAAAGGUGAUCAAGGAUCUGACAUUGAUCACCCUGAAGAGAGAUUACUUGGUCCAGAUGUAAUGAAGGAUGAUAAAUCAGGGAAAUUAUCACCAGCUGUAUCUUCUCCAAAGCUUAGCAUCUACACACCACCUUUGUCACUAAGAUCCAAUGCUGAUGAACUUGUAAAAGCUAACAAUGUUGAGAAUUCUCUGGAAUUAGAAACACCUCGGAAUGAAUACAGAAUUGAUACGGCAAAUAACAAUCCUUCAGAGUCAGGUUACCCAAUGAAUGGUCAUAGAUUGGCAGGUACUGGAUUGAGCAUAAGUUUACCAAGGUCUUUGAACUCUAAUGAUAUGCCACCUAAGAAAGAUGGUGAUGAAUUGUCCCCUAUUGUUAGUCCCAGAUCACCAAGGUCACCACAUCGAAUGUCUGCUGAGGAAGAAGAAGGGAGACAGGCAAGAAGGUUAGGUGUUAUAAUGGAGGAUUUUAACUAUAAUAAAGUCCCUGAGGAAGAUAAACAGCCAGAUCAGACCACCUCUCCACGUCCACUUUCUCCACCAGCAGCCCAAGAAAAUGAUGAAUAUGUAUCUCCUCUGCCAGUCUUGCCACCAAGAAAGAAACACAUGCUCCUCAAUAAUGUUGUUAGGCAAUCUGCAACAGGUUCAAGACCGACAUCAGAGUUUGACGAUAUCUAUCCCAAGUAUAGACAGACUGUGAUUAUGAUGAAAGAAUCUAUUUAUAUUGAGGAUCCUCCAGAGGCUGUCCGUAAAGAUGACUCAAAGGAAGCCUCUCAUAGUGACAACUCAGAGACAGAAAGUCAAGAAUCUGAUGAAGGAGAGGGAGGAGAAUCUUCUUUGCCAGACAGCAUACAGCAGAAGCUUGCUGGCAGCUGGAUGCAAUGUACCACACCAAACUAUAUAUACCAGCUCAUAGCAUCUGAACGUCACAUCUGGUAUGUGGACAACCGUGAUAGAGCUCAUCACAGUCUUUCAUCGGCUAUAGCCUGUAAAUGGAGCAAGCUGAAAGAUGCACACUGCCGCUUGCUUGCUGUGUCCCCAUCUGGAAGUAUAGUAUGGCGUGUGAAUCCUAAAACCAGCCAUGCCUGCUCAAGUGCAGCAAUUACCCAGCGCAGUCAUGUUGGUAUCCGGUGGAUUGACGUCUCCAAGGAUGUUUCCCAUGUUUGUCUUGAUGAGAAUAUGGCAUGGAUCAUCAAGAACAAUGGACAGCUGUGUGUUCAUAAGGGAAUCAGCAGAGACAAACCUUACACCAAGGACACCUUCAUUGACAGCAAUGUCCAUGUUCUGCAGAUUGCAGCUAACAGUGGUGUUGUAUGGGCAAGGACAGCAUCAGACAAGGUGGUGUACAGAGCAGGAAUCACUUCUAGGAAACAACAAGGUCAGAACUGGAUGGAACUACCCGAUGAUGAGCACUUGCGGAUGGUGUGUAUAGCUCUAGACUCAAGGAACACAGGCUGGGCCAUAGAUCAUGAUGGUAUGGUGUGGUUCAGGACAGGAGUUACAGUUGAGAAACCAAUGGGGGAUGACCAAAAAUGGUGGCAGGUGUGUAUGAGUGAGUACCUAAUGGAGGAUCCCAAUGUCCUGCGUAUGAUGGUCAACAUGGCAGGGUCAGCAACCAAAGUGGACAGAGUGGUUAACUGGCUCAAGAAACAAUGUUACAAAGCUACAGCCAUUGCUGCUAACUCAUCAAGUGUGUGGGUGUGUAGCUCCUAUCACUAUAAGACCACACUGCAUGUGUCAAGGGGUAACCUACUUGGAUCACGAUGGGAGCUUUCCAACCCUGUGGGUCUGGCAGCAUCAGCUACAUGGAAAUGUGUUUGUGCUUCACCAUCUUAUGGACCAAGUGGUAUGAUUUGGGCACUGCAAACUAGUGGAGAGAUCUUCUGCUUCUCUCCAGAGAACCGUAAACCUAACAUGGUACAAUCACCUGACCAUGUUGUAUUUGAGUACAUAGGAGCUACAUCAGACUCUGUGUGGGCUCUAUCAACUAACUGGGAUAUCUAUGUCAGGAUGAACAUCACUCAACGCUGUCCAGGUGGUACCCUAUGGAAGAAACUUAAUCUAAAUCAGUUUGGUACCCGUCGUAUUGUACACUUUACCCUUGGUAGUGAGACAGUAUGGGCGGUAGAUUCUGCUGGUGAUAUUCACUUCCGAUACGGUGUCCAUCUUCCAAAGCAUGAUGCUCUCCCACUAGCCUGGGUCCCUGUGGAAGGAAAACCAGUUGGUUAUGGAGUAUACUUUACCAAUGUCUUCUGUGGACCAUCCAAUGACAUAGUAUGGGCUAUUGAUAACAAGAAGACUGUCUAUGCCAGGCAGGGAGUGUGUAAGAGUAAUCCUAUUGGACUUGGAUGGGAGCCGGUCGAAGGUACUCAGGCGACUCAGCUGUGUAUGAGCACUGAUACUGUGUGGGCUCUUUGUCCAAAUGGAGAGCUUGCAUGUCGCUUUGGUAUCUCUACUGACAAUUCUACAGGGGACUAUUGGAAGAAGAUAUCAGGGAAUUUCAAAUAUGCAACAGUUUCUCAAAAUGAUGAACUAUGGACAGUCAAUAGUGAUGGUCGUCUGUUCCAUCGACUCACUAAGAUGUUCAUUCGUAGUCCAUCCACCAAAGCUGCUACAUCCAUGGAGAGUACUCUACCUGGGGAGGAUGAUUGGGAAUUACUCUGAGCAAUCCCACUUCAAAAUACUUGCUUCAUCAUCCACUCUUAAUAUUGGACAAGCAUGUAUUAUCAUAAUUUGAUGGAAUGUAGAUUAAGCAUGGAAGAAUUAGAAAUAUUAAAAAUUCAGAAUAUUGAUGAGUGAAAUCUGGCAAGGGCAUUGGAUAGAACUACAUACUUUAAUAUUCAUGUUUUGGAGGGAAUCAACAGAAAUGAUGACAUCUUAUCUAAAAUACACACACUUCAGUAGUCAAAAUAAGAAUUGUCGAGUAAUUGAAAAGUGGUGUGGUUUGGGGGGGUUGCAAGAUCCUGAUCAGAUAUGGUCACUCUGCUGUGGCUGUGAAUAGUCUAUUGAUUCCAUCAAAAUUGUCGAGAGAUAAGUAAUAGUUUCAGACACAUCCUAACCUGUUUUUAGCUACUACUUGUCUAUAAGGAUCACCUGUUUAUAGAGGGUGGCAUUUCCCUUUCUUUUGAAUCUGAAUUCUCACUGAAGCUUCUACUAAGAAAGAAAUUCCUAAAGCCACUUUUUAUCUCAUUAACAUGGAUUGUACCCAAAGACUAGCUUAAUGGGAUACUCCAGACUGAAAAUUAAUGUAAAUGAAUUCAGAGAGUAAAAUCAGACAAACAAAACUAUGAAAAACUUCAUUAAAUUUGGUUAAGGAGUAACCAAGUAAUGACAGGUCAAGGUUUUGCAUUAUUUAAGUCAAACAGUUUUAUGCAUGUCAUCAUGAAUGUGAGAAUUCCUCUUUUAUUCUGAAGGAUUAAAUAGUUAUCUGGGUUAAUGCAUAUUCAUAUGUACUUUAUUUUAGCCACAUCAAAUGUCUCCAGACACCUGAAGUUUAGUCACAGUAAUCAUCUUUUAUGAGCUCUAUAUUGAUUUCAUUGUCAAUACUAAUGCUCAAGACAGUCUUGAGUUGAGUUUCUUGGUGAACUUGUUAGAAAUGUAUAUUGUAUGAUAGCAAGUUUACAUUAAUUUCAAUUCUAUUGAAGAUGAGGACCAGGUCUGUCUGCGCACUCGUGCUGACAUCUUAUUUCUGUUUUGACUGAUAAUUAGGUGAUAAUAACAACAGUAUAUUUACCCAGGGUAGCCUGUUCAGUUCCGAAAACUGUUCUCCGAGUGGGCCCUGCUAUUAUUAUAGGUUCAAUAUACUGGUAAAAUAUUUCAUUAAAAUUUGGCAAAAUUCAGCACAAAAAAAACCACCGAAACUAGAUUGAAAAUGAUUUUGUAAUCCUAUUGACAAUUAUACAUUGCUGCAGUUAAGUUAUUUGACAUUAGAAGUUAAAUUUCUCUCUGAUUGCCUUAUUAUUUACAUGUAGACAUUUUUUUUCCUUAUUCAAUAUGUAUAUAUAGUGUAAGAGAGAGAGAGAAUUUUAUUAUCAUAUGAACCUAAAGUGAUGUACAGCUCCAAUUUCCAAUGUGAUCUGUGCAUAUGAGUAUUAUAUUAUCUUCAUCGUAUGAGUAUGGUAUUUGUUUAGCCUUGAUGUAAUUAAGCAGUACAGGUCUGCAACAAAUAUAGACACAUGCUUUCAGUAUUACAACUGACCAAAGUAAAAUCACUGUGAUCAAUAAACAGUCAUAUACAAAGAGAGCUAAAGGGACUAAUGAGUUGAUGAUGACAAUUUACAAAUAAUAUUGUGCAUUCCCUUUUCUUGCAUGGUACUGCAAUAAAUGUAAAUGUUUUCUAAUUUAUAAUGAUACAGUAUCCAACUUUCACAUCAACCAUUUAUAGUAUUGAAUAUAAAUGUAUUUGGCUAAUGAAAAGGAUGUGUUUAUAAAGUUAUUUAAUUAUAGAAAAAAAGAAAAAGAAUAUAAUCCUGGUGGUUUUUGUUAAGUUAGACAUGACUUUAUGAGUAAGUAUUGACUUGGAGCCUGUUUCAUAAAACUUGUUAUAAGAACAUAAAGCUACUGAAAUUUUCACUCGUUUUUCAAAGUAUACUUCUGUGUAACUUUUUCUUAAUUUCCUGUAACCCAAAAUCAAAUUCUGACAAAUGAUGCACUUUCCAUGCAUAUGAAUAUGAAUGUUUACUUAAGCUGAUGGGAAUCAAAAUGAUCUUAAUAGCACCCAAGAAAGGGUCCCCAGUCAUAACUUGUAAACAGCUUUAUCACCCCUACCCCAGGCCCUUUAACACAAAGUAUGUAUUGCAGUUACUGCAGGGUGGUCUAACAUAAAAAGAUAACAUUUUGCAUGUGUUUUUGCUGUGAUUACACUUAAUUAACCAAUUUGUUUAAUCUUUUAUGAUACUGAUCCCAGAAUGGCUAAUUAACAUCAUUAUUACAUGAACAUUUUGUUAAGAAAUGACUGGCCUGUCGUAGCCAAUCACAAUCAGGAUUCUUUCAUCAGUUUGUAAUUGAUUGCAGAUCUUUGUGUUAUAGGACUCUGGGAAUGUUAGGAAUAACUAUGGGCUCUCUAUUCCGUACUUUGAUUCCAACUGCUUUAGCAAUUCAUGAAAUUAUACAUGAAACAACUAUGCCAGAUCAUAAUCAUAUAGUUUUUCAAAAUCAUAAAUAUUAUUCAUACCAAAAAUAUGUACUGUAUCAAAGGUAUUAUUAAAAAUAUCUAUCAGCUGUUACUGUAAUGUCAGUUGUUGGAAGUUUAAAUUAGAAUCUUUCUUCAUUGAAUUGGGGUGGCCAUAUACACCUCACACUCAUGACAAUCAUCCUUGUCCCCUCCCUCCACUUUGAAUGAUUCAUUGCUUGCUCCACCCUUAAUCCAACCCUUGCUACUCUCCCUUUCUUCCAUGUCUUUGAAUGAUUCAUUGCUUGUUCCACCCUUAAUCCAACCCUUGCUACUCUCCCUUUCUUCCAUGUCUUCUGCCAUUCCCUCCUUCAACCUCCCAUCUCAAAUUCACAGGUUUUACUAAAAAAUUAUGGAAAUUUCAUCCACUAAAAAUUUGACAAGUAAAAGGAAAAAAAGGGUCCUCACUUUCAAAAGAGGAGGCACACUUGUGUUUUUACGGCAUAUUUACAUUACAAAUUUUGAUAGUACCUCUCAAAAGAGGAGGCACAAGUGGGCUGUGCCCCCACCCCCCUGGAUCCGCCAGUGCAUACAUCAUCUUCAAAGGAAAUAUUUUCUUAAGAAGCAAUUCUCCAUAUUCCUAAAUUUCACACAUCCAAACCUUGCUAUAACAGCUUCCUCAUUUACCAGUACACCUAUGCCCCAGAUCUCCUUCAAUUCCACCACAUUCAUCUUUUCCACCAUCCCCUCCCAACUCUCUCUGUUAUCUUUCCAAAUGAGGCUUGCUAUAUUCCAAACACUGUUUCCUGGCUGAAGAUUCAAAGUCAUGUUCAACCCAACAACACUUCAAUGUACAUGCUAAUUGGAAAUUCAAUCAAAUACUAGUAUCAGUAAGCCCGACCCAGAUUUUUACCCAUUCUUACUGCUUUUCAGCUACUGGUUAAAGCAAUGAUAAUUUGAAAGCAUUGCAAAUUUUCAUGAGAAAACAAGAGACAAGUUAUUUCAUAAAGGGCAUACAUAUACAUCUAGCCGUCGUACGUACACAUUUUAUUGAAUUUCCUAACAGAGAACAUCUAACAUUAUCCACUCUUUCAUUUUAGACUGUCUCUUUUUAUUCAAACCAAGUUUGUGCUGGAAUGGACGUGACCUUUUAUGUAGACUUUAAUGGUUCAUUAAUUUCCAUACCUGUUCAUUUAAUUUUCAAGUUUCCCAAAUGGAACUAUUAAGCACUCUUCCCCUUCCCUCAGAUAUUUUUCAUCUAUGUCUUUGUUGUGUUUUGCAAUCAAUUUAAUAUAUUCCAUUUUAGUGCCAUCUCAUGUAACACUUUCUCAAGUGUAUAAACUUUCAGUACUCACAUCGGUAACUGUAAUGUGUUUUGUAUUGUCCAUUUUUUUAUGUAUAGACAAGGAAAGAGAAAAAUCAAUGUUAAUUCAUGCGUGUAAUCAAAGGUGAUUGUACAUCGAAAAAAUCUGAUUUAUAAGGUAUUUGUAAUAAUGGCCUGUUAACAGCCAUAUUCAUUAUCCAAUAUAAUGUUAAAUGAAAAUUGUACUAUAUAUAAGGUAACCUCUUUUCUUUUUCACUGUACUAUUGUUUUUUAGGGUUUGCAAUAUUGAAAUAUUCUUUUUGUGAAUUGAAAGUUUGUUUUCUUUUCUAACAAUUGUGAGAAAUAUAUAAAAUUAUAUAUAUUUAUGAGAGAAUCAACUAAAAUAUACAAUCUCAGUUUGAA